UCAUUUAAUUUUCAGUAUAUCGCCAAAAACCAUACCGUGGGAACCUUACAAAGUAGUUUUCACUUUCGACAUACGGCAGCUAACUACUGAACUCAAAAAAUUGCUCGUGGCUUCAAUGGGUGAUGAUCUUACCUGUCAUAUUCAAGCACUGAGUGAGGACAAGGUGCGAAUGGCCUCGAAAAUGAAUACAGAGGACCUUCAGAUAAUGUCAGACAUAUGGAGGUGUAAAUUUCUUGCCAUGAGUGUGCGUGCGGACGAACUCAGUGCUUUAGAAGAAUUAAUGGUUGCUAUCCAGUCUUUACCGGCUACUCAGUCUGUCUUAUCUAUAGACAUAACUAAAUUUUGCGAAAGGACCCCUUGCGACGAGAAAAUUUGUAGACCUGGUCCUGUUACGUCUAAUAUCACGGUGUCGUGUUGUAGAAAUUGUUCUAGCCAUGAAAUUAAGUUACUCUGA